AUGGUGUUGGUGGCGAAGACGGUGAUGGUCAUGGUGUUGGUAGUGAUGAUGAGUAUGAUGGCGAUAAUGGUGAUAGUGAUUGUAAUAGUAACUGAGAUGGUGAUGAUGAUUGUACUAUUGAUGCUGAUGAUGGCAGCUACGAUUCAGAUGUGCCGCUUGAAUAGCAUUGGCAAAGUUGAACCAAUUGGAAAACAAGAGCGUGAAGGAUUCCCUGUUUUCUUCGGUUCGUUCUGCCUUUUCUAA